AUGGUGAGCAAAAUCACCAUUGCCCUUAAUCACCAGCUGAAGGCAGAGGAGACUCAGCGCAGCCAGGAGCAAUUGCAUCGUUUAAUUGCAUUACCUUCGAUGUUUGCGGCAGUUUCUGGAAAAAUCUCCGUUUUCGCGCUGAAGAUAGCGCUUAAAGAAUUUGAGAAAGCCCAGGAAAAAUGUUCAGCGGCAGGUACCAAAGAGGUGGGGGAAUAUAGUGUAGUGUACUGGCAGGUGAGUGAAGGUGAGUGGCGCUGUACGGGCAGGUGA